AUGUCUGAGUCAAGGGCUGGGGAAGUCCAUGUUGAUAACCCGGUCACAAAACCUCGGGAUGAGGCCGAUGUAGAAAUCGACGCCCUAAGCAAGUCGGCUAGUGGCCAUGAACUCGAUCCAGUUCAUGAGAAUUUGGCCGUUGGAUACAAAGAGUAUCGAGAGGCUCUGGAAAUCGAAGUCACCCAGCAUGAUGAACGCCGGCUUCGCUGGAAAAUCGACCUUGUAAUCCUUCCCAUCUUCCUCAUCACUCAAAUGCUCCAGUACAUGGACAAGACGGCGCUCAACUACGCCAACCUGUUUGGGUACCAGAAGGCGUUGGGCCUCAGAGGUACCCAAUUCAAUUAUCUCUCCGCCAUAGUCUACGCAGGUUACUUCUUCGGACAGUAUCCCUGCGGCUGGCUGAUCGGCCGCUACCCAGCCCAGCGAGUCAUGGCCAUCUCGUGCCUGAUGUGGGGGCUGACGGUCCUCGUUCUCACCCAAUGCCGAUCCUACUCCUCGGCCAUGGCGGUGCGCUUCCUCAUGGGCGUCUUCGAGGCCGCCGUGACACCCGGUCUGACGCUGAUGACUGGCUUCUGGUACAGAAGGAAGGAAAUCCCUCUCCGCCAAUGCAUCUGGUACAGCGCGCUCGGAUUCGGUGGCAUCGCAGGGAGUUACAUUUCGUUUGGCAUUUCGAAGCUGCCCGAGGACCUCACGCCGGAACGGUGGGAGUUGAUCUUUUUCAUUCUCGGCGGCGCCACCAUGCUAUGGUCGUUCGUCCUGUGGUUCGUGCUUCCAGACGCACCGUCCAACGCUCGAUGGCUCAGUCCGCACGAACGCGUCGUCGCCGUGAAGCGCGUUGCCGGGAACCAGCUCGGCAUCAAGAACAAGUCCUUCAACAGGGAACAAGCCCUGCUCGCCUUUUACGACCCGAAGUCCAUUCUGGUCUUCAUUGCCGUCUUCGCCGCCGCCAUCCCCAACGGUGUAGUCACCUCCUUCUCCACCAUCAUCAUCAAAGACCUAGGCUUCUCGACCACCAGGACCACGGAGCUGAAGUCGGUCGGGGACGGCGUACAAGUGGUCGCGCUCCUGAUAGGAGGCGCCAUCAUGCUGACGGUGCCCAACUCACGCCUCCUGACCGCCACGGCCGCCAACAUCCUCUGCACCGUCGCCGCCGCGCUGAUGGCCUACCUCCCCCGCUCCAACACCUGGGGCAGGCUGGUUUGCUUCUGGCUCGUCAACGCUCAAUCCGUCGGCUUCACCAUUUCCCUCGUCACCAUCAACAGCAAUAUGGCGGGGUACACGCAUCGGAGUUUCGCCAGUGCCUUGACUUUCACGGCCUACUGCUGGGGCAACUUCGCCGGACCGUUUGUCGUCCAGCCAAGUCAAGCACCUGAGUACCGCGGCGCCACCAUCGGGCUGUUAGUCGGCUACGCCAUCAAGUUCGGAUGUCAUCUACUGUUGCUCGCCUAUAUGUUCUUGAGCAACAAACGUCGGGAUAAAAAGUACGGGAUGGCAGACAAGGCAGCGAGUAACGAGGCAGGAAUGCGGGACAAGACUGAAUACGAGAAUAAAGAUUUCCGUUACGUCUUGUGA